AUGCCCAGUCGAGUGUGCUGUUGCUGUGCUGCUUUGCGACCUCGCUACAAGCGUCUGGUAGAUAACAUAUUUCCUGAAGAUCCAAAAGAUGGUCUUGUUAAAGCUGAUAUGGAGAAGCUGACUUUCUAUGCAGUUUCUGCACCAGAAAAGCUGGAUCGAAUUGGUGCUUACCUGGCAGAGAGACUGAGCAGAGAUGUUGUCAGACAUCGCUAUGGGUAUGUUUUAAUUGCCAUGGAAGCAUUGGACCAACUUCUAAUGGCUUGCCAUUCUCAAAGUAUAAAACCAUUUGUGGAAAGUUUCCUUCAUAUGGUGGCCAAGCUACUGGAAUCAGGCGAACCAAAGCUGCAAGUUCUUGGAACUAAUUCUUUUGUCAAAUUUGCCAACAUAGAAGAAGACACACCAUCAUAUCACAGACGUUAUGACUUCUUUGUGUCUCGAUUCAGUGCCAUGUGCCAUUCAUGUGACCACGAUCCAGAAAUACAAACUGAGAUCCGAAUUGCUGGAAUCAGGGGCAUUCAGGGAGUGGUGCGAAAAACAGUUAAUGAUGAACUUCGAGCAACUAUAUGGGAACCUCAGCACAUGGACAAGAUAGUACCAUCUUUGCUGUUUAAUAUGCAAAAAAUUGAUGAUAUUGACAGCAGAAUAGGCCCUCCAUCCUCUCCUACAGGAGGAGAGAAAGAAGAAAAUCUUGCUCUGCUGGCCGAGAAUUGUUUCAGGGAACUCUUAGGGCGAGCAACUUAUGGAAAUAUGAAUAAUGCUGUCAGACCAGUGUUCGCGCAUUUAGACCAUCAUAGACUUUGGGAUCCCAAUGAAUUUGCUGUUUCCUGCUUCAAAAUCAUCAUGUAUUCUAUACAGGCACAAUAUUCCCAUCAUGUAAUACAAGAAAUUCUUGGACACCUUGAUGUUCGCAAAAGGGACUCACCACGCGUUCGUGCUGGCAUUAUUCAGGUUCUUUUGGAAGCAGUUGCAAUAGCAGCUAAAGGAUCAAUAGGCCCAACAGUUCUAGAGGUUUUUAAUACCUUGUUGAAGCACUUGCGCAUCAGUGUUGACUUUGAGCUGAGUGAUAGGCGCAGCUCGGCAGGAAGUGCCACUUUCAGCACAAGCUCCAAGGAGAGUGAUGAGAGGAUUGUCCAGAAUGCUAUUAUUCAAACAAUUGGAUUUUUUGGAAGCAAUCUUCCAGAUUACCAGAGAUCAGAGAUUAUGAUGUUCAUUAUGGGAAAAGUGCCUGUUUUUGGGACAAGUUCACAAUCACUGGAUACUAGUCACCUUGGUGAUAUGGGAACUAGGAGGAUUCAAAUCAUGUUAUUGAGAUCUUUGCUUAUGGUGACUUCAGGAUACAAAGCAACGACAAUAUCUAAUGCACUUCCUCCACCAUUUCUGGACCCAUUAUUGUCUCCUUCACUCAUGGAAGACUCUGAGCUAAGGCAGCUGGUCUUAGAAAUACUCCAUAAUCUCAUUGACCGGCAUGACAACAGAGCCAAGCUCCGAGGGAUACGAAUAAUACCAGAUGUUUCUGAUCUAAAGAUAAAACGAGACAAGAUUUCAAGGCAAGAUGUGAGCUUCAUGAAAAAGCAUGGUCAGCAGUUGUACAGGCACAUCUACUUAGGCUGUAAAGAAGAAGACAAUGUUCAAAAAAACUUUGAACUACUGUUCACGUCUCUAGCUCUUACCACAAUUGAACUAGCCAAUGAAGAAGUGGUUAUUGACCUCAUUCGAUUAGCUAUUGCUUUGCAGGACAUUGCCAUCAUCAAUGAGGAUAAUCUGCCAAUGUUUAAUCGUUGUGGUGUCAUGGCAUUGGUAGCAGCAUAUCUAAACUUUUUGAGUCAGAUGAUUGCAGUUCCUGCCUUUUGUCAGCAUGUCAGCAAGGUGAUUGAAACUAGAAGUCUGGAAGCAUCUUAUUUUUUGCCAGAAACAAUUUUUAAAGACAAAUGCAAUCUUCCAAAAUCCCUAGAGAAGCAUGAAAAAGAUUUAUUUUUUCUGACGAACAAGAUUGCAGAAUCAUUAGGAGGCAGUGGAUACAGUGUGGAAAGAUUGUCAGUUCCAUAUGUACCCCAGGUAACAGCUCUAUUUCCAUCAGGCAAAAAACCUCACAAAUGCAGACACAAGUCAAAAGAUGAGGACAGACUCUCCAGGAGGAAGAGCAUGGUGGACACAAUAUCUCUUCAGGUGGAUAUUCUGCCUGGCAACGGCACAGAGGAUAAGGUUGAUAAUACUGAAGAAAUCACUUUUGAAGCUUUGAAGAAAGCAAUUGAUAACAAUGGACUUGAAGAACAGGAAAAAGAAAAAAGACGUCUUGUGAUUGAGAAGUUCCAGAAAGCACCAUUUGAAGAAAUUGCAGCACAGUGUGAAACCAAAGCAAACUUGCUCCAUGAUAGACUUGCACAGAUACUGGAACUCACCAUUCGUCCUCCACCUAGCCCCUCAGGAACGAUGACCAUUACUGCUGGACAUGCUCAUUACCAAUCCGUUCCAGUCUACGAGAUGAAGUUUCCGGAUCUUUGUGUGUAUUAAGUGUCUUCUGAAGUCUGAUGGACACUAUUUAGAGUAGAGUACAAUAGAAAGAAGAAGA